AUAUAUUCACCAGGUACAAAAGGCCGUGAUCCUUUGUCGUGAGCCAUCAUCAUAAUGUCCGGAGAACCUAAUGCAGCCUGGCCCGUCGCCGACGAAGCCCUGACCCAAAACAUCCUCGAUGUCGUCCAGCAAGCAUCUCACUACAAACAGUUGAAGAAGGGCGCAAACGAAGCUACCAAGACUCUUAACCGUGGUACUUCGGAGCUCAUUAUUCUUGCGGCUGAUACCAGUCCUCUGGCUAUUUUGCUACAUUUACCUUUGCUUUGUGAGGAUAAGAACGUCGCGUACUGCUAUGUUCCUAGCAAACUUGCUCUCGGCAGAGCUACAGGUGUCUCUCGUCCUGUGAUUGCUGUUAGCAUUACUACCAAUGAGGCUAGUGACCUUAUGCCUCAAAUUCGUGCUAUCAAGGACAAGGUUGAGCGUUUGAUGAUCUAAGGGAUUAGGUUCGGGAGCUUGGGACGAGCGGCCGUUUCGACUUUUGACAGUACGAAAACUGGACUAGUGGCUCCUGUUACUUAUACCGCUGCGUCGUGAGAUCUGAAUCUUUAGCUAGAUUAGAGACUAAUAUCGACCAACGAUUUUAUAUACUGGAUCUUCUC